GUGUUCGACAUCCUAGCGGUGCUGCAGUCCGAGGACCACGAAGAGACCCAGGAGGCGGUGCGCGCGUGCAGCCGCCUUUUCGGGGCCCUGCUGGAGCGGGGAGAGCUGUUUGUGGGCCAGCUGCCCUCGGAGGACACGGUCAUGGCAGGGUCCCAGGGGGCCACGCGCAAGUACAAGGUGUGGAUGAGGUACCGUUACCGCAGCUGCUGCAACCGUCUGCAGGAGCUUCUGACUCACCCCUCCUUUGAGGUCAAGGAGCUGGCUAUCAGCACACUCAUGAAGUUUGUGCAGCUGGAAGGAGCUCACCCCCUGGAGAAACCUAAGUGGGAUGGCUAUUACCUGUUCCCUCGCCAGCUUUUCAAGGCGGUGGUGGAAGGCCUUCUCUCUCUAGAGGACGACUGCUCGCUGCUUCUGUCCCGGUUCCAGGAGUACUUGGAACAUGACGACAUCCGCUACCACACGAUGCAGGCAGCCACGGAUGUCGUGGGUCGCGUUGCUGACAGGUACCUGGAGGUGCCGCUCACGUUCUGGAACAACGCUUUCACGCUGUUGUCGGCUGUGGGCCUCCCCCGCCAGGAGUGCAGCACCUCCAGCUUCUAUGUGAAGCACGCGGAGCUGUCACGCACGUGGAAAGUCGUUCAUCUGAAGGAGCACAGGAAGGCCUUCCAGCUGAUGUGGCUCGGCUUCCUCAAGCACAAGCUGCCGCUCAGCCUCUACAAGAAGGUGCUGGUGAUCAUGCACGACUCCAUCCUUCCCCACCUGGCGCAGCCCAGCCUCAUGAUCGACUUCCUGACCCGUGCCUACGACGUGGGGGGAGCCAUCAGUCUCUUGGCCUUGAACGGACUUUUUAUCCUGAUUCACCAGCACAACCUCGAGUACCCAGAUUUCUACCGGAAGCUCUAUGGCCUCCUGGACCCGUCUGUCUUUCACGUCAAGUACCGGGCCCGCUUUUUCCACUUGGCCGAUCUCUUCCUGUCGUCCUCCCAUCUGCCCGCCUACCUGGUGGCUGCCUUUGCCAAGCGCUUGUCCCGCCUGGCCCUGACCGCGCCCCCAGAAGCCCUGCUCAUGGUCCUGCCUUUCAUCUGCAAUUUGCUGCGCCGGCACCCCGCCUGCCGUGUCCUCGUGCACCGCCCUCUGGGCCCCGAGCUGGAUGCCGACCCCUAUGACCCCGAAGAGGAGGACCCUGCCAAGAGCCGAGCUCUGGAGAGUUCCCUGUGGGAGCUGCAGGCCCUCCAGCGGCAUUACCACCCUGACGUGUCCCAGGCCGCCAGCGUCAUCAACCAGGCACUGUCUGUGCCUGAGGUCAGCCUCGCGCCGCUGCUGGAGCUCACGGCAUUUGAGGUCUUUGAGCGGGACCUGAAGAAGAAGGGCCAGGAGUCAGUGCCACUGGAGUUCAUCCCUGCCCAGGGUCUGUUGGGCCGGCAGGACGAUCUCUGCGCCCAGCACUUCACGCUCAGCUGACCCUGUAGCCUCCCCCCCACCCCCAUAAGUGGUUUUAUAGGAGAGCGGUUGGGGUGGGCUGUGGGCAGCUAGGCAGGGGUCUGGGGAGGCGCUGAACCUGUCUCUUGGCUCCUCUGGAGGCUGUGUCCCCAGUGCUGGCCACGCUGUAUCCACUUACAGCACUCCCCCCGCCCUUGCCUGCUGUGCACGUGGCCUCCACUGGAAGGUGGUGUCCAGGGGCCUCUCCCUUUGCUAAGCCUGGUGGGGAGGGCCAAGGUGGGUGCUGGGGGAAGGGGCGCUACAGAAGUGGCUCCUGCCACGGGGCCUCCAGCCACAGGGGGCUCCAGGUGCAUGGGUGGUGGCUUCUGAAGCUUCCCUGGGUGUCCCAGACUCUCCCAGUCCCCUCAUAUCCAGGAGGGUUCUGGCCCACGCCCCCCCCCUUUCCACUGCAGUGGACUCUGUGACCCAGGAGUGACAGUUGAGGGUUCUCUGUACCCUAACCCCGGGUCUGGGCGUGUGUGUGCCCCGUCAGAGGGAGUUACAGCUGGAGGCUGCUUCACCCUUCCAUCCUGUCCCCGAGCAGAGUGCGCACCGGCAGCCACGGGCCAAUCGGUUAUUUUGUUCCGGGGUAUUUUAUUCUUUUGAGGCCCCGUUUCUGUCAGGCGAGCCUGGUUCUCAAGCCCACGUUUCUUCUUAAAAACCUGCUUGUCUGCGGAUACGGGAGUCACGGGUGUGAUGGCAGCUCACAUGGCUGGGGGGUCUGGUGGAGGCACAGGGGGAUUGGAGAGCCUGGGAGGGGAGACCCUGGUUACCCUGUGGUCUCCUGAGUUCCUGGCACACCCCCACCCCACGGGAGUGCCCUAGGGUCACAGCAGGCAGUAAUUUGGCCGGUUUGGCCUCUAGGGAGCUGCUGCAGUGGCCGAGGACCCUGGUGUGCCUAGUGGGGGCUUUGCCCAGGUGGCGAAGGAGCGCCUCCUCUGUGUGCAGUGUCGUGUGAGUUAGGGACACUAGCGCCCCACCCCCAGCUAUACUGCCCUGCCUCUGUCUCAAGCUGGUUCCUGCCCCAGGGCCUUUGCACUGCUGUUCCCACAGCUUUCCCCUCCUUUGCCCCUGGUUUUCCGACCCCAGGCUGAUGAGGCUUGCAGGGACCUCGGCUGAGCAUCCUGUGUGUAACCAUAUUUUGUGCGUCCCGCAUGGCACUCACUUCAUCUUUGUGGCCCUGCUGCCCUGCAGUAGUCCGCAGACUGUCCCUGCUGGCCUUCGCAAGGACCGAGGAGGUCUCGUUACUGGACUUGCCUUGCCCCCGGGGCCCAGGACUUACCUGGCACGGGGGAGCGGCUCACGCAUGUUUGAGGGGACGGUCUUCGAGUCUCCUGAGGAGCCUGCUACCAGAAGACUCACGUGCCAGGGGCCGUCAGUGCCCCCCAUCCUCGGUGCGGGGACACCAGGGAGCAGCGUGGAUGGGCUGAGGCCUCACACAGAUUGAGAAAUGCCAUUGAUUUUUUUUAAAGUUAAAUUAUAAAAGGCUUAAGUAGGUG